CAGAAACGCAUGUGGUUCGGCUUUCCUGAUAAUUAUUUCAACUUAUCUCUCUUCGAAAGUGUUUUUUAGCUGCUGUCAAGCUGCCCAGAAACACUCUGUAUCAAAAAGAAACAAUCGCGCUUUUUUUUUCUUUCAAGCUGGCGAAGGAACCUGAGGCUCACCGGUUAUAAUGUCACAGGCCACAAAACGCAAACAUGUUGUCAAGGAGGUUCUUGGAGAUUUUGUGACGCCCACAGAAAACCAACAGAUUGUGAAGGUUAUCAGUAGCCGUGGUAACAACCUCCAUGAAACUGUCACCGCCCAGGGUGAGACUUUCCUGGUGAGCAUGCCCACAAAGUUCCGCAAGAACAUCUGGAUCAAGAGAGGUGACUAUGUGAUUGUGGAUCCUAUUGAGGAAGGAGAGAAGGUGAAGGCAGAAAUUAGCUUCAUUCUCUACAAAGAUCACAUUCAGUACCUGCAAAAACAACAGCAAUGGCCAGAAGGAUUUAUGGAGGAGCCGUCGGAGCAGGACAAGACAAACGAACAGCAGGAAAAGGAAGAGGGGACAGAGGAGAAAGACGAGGAAGAGGACGUUAGCGACUCUGAAGAUGAUGAGAGCGACCUCUUUGUAAACACCAACCGCUGUAACUACCAGUACAGCGAGAGUGAGGAGGAGGAGGACGACAGUGAGGAAGAAGACGAUGACAAACCAGAAAGGACAGGAAAUGGCUCGUAGUGGCAGAGCUGAGGACACAGACACUCGAGAGUGAGCACUGUGGAAAUCGUGACAGUGUGCGCUGCCGUUAUCACUGACUGAUUUGUAACGAUGCUCCUCAUUCAACUGCUCCCUCUGCAGUUCUUGUAUGGAAACCUGUUGUCACACUAAAUGACCGGCUCAUCAAGUGGACUUGAACUUAAUGGAGCACUAUAAGUCUUGCUUGUUGAAUGAAUUCUAAAAAAAUCAGUAACGUUGAAAUUUAAAAUUUAUAACAAACUCUAGCAUGUUUAUAUACUGACCUCUGGUGUAGCCAUUAAUAUAUUGGCAGUACAACACAAGGUGUACUGUAUACCCAGGUCAUAAAGUACAUUUGAAGGUUAAUUUUAAAGUAAACCGUGGAGGAUUUUCCAAAAACACAAUCUAUAGACUCAGAAGUCAUCCCUGUCAACCAUUGCUUAUGACCCACCAGAAGCCUGUGGCAGUGUUUUUAUCUGCAGAGACCUGCCCUUUGCCUUUAUUAAGGUUUUAUUAUGUUGUUAUGUUCAGGACAUUUUUGGGCUGCAACCUUUGGGCAGUGGAUGUGUAGCUCCCAGCCAAUAACAAUGUUCAGGUGAGGUUCAGACUCUCUAAAAAUGUAGUGACCAGGCUGAUGCUUAUCUGAAUCAUCUGUGUCUGAAGCUCAGGUAGCUCUGCUAAAUACUCCUGCCUGGACACAAGCACAAUUAGGAAAUGUUGCUGUUGGAUUGUUGACUGCUGUCUGAAGCUCGACAGAUUACAUAUGACACGUAAUUAUAGUCUGCUGCUACGCCUGUUAGCAAGCUGGACUGAAGACGGCUAAGGUCACUGGACACUUAAAGCCAGUAAUCCAACAAUUAGUGUAGCUGUUUGUUUUGUAUACGCAAUUCAGUGAACACAUGACACAACGCAAUAUUUGAUAAAAUAUUCCAAGAUAUCUCAUCACUUAUUUUACCACAGGCAGUCAGGUAUAUACGCUUCUGGUGGUGUUCAGCCAGGGAAGAUGGGCUAAGUUUGAAUGUUGUGUGUCUGAACAGUUGACCGACAGUCCCUGCGUAGUAUACCUUUGGUGUAAACAGUUCUAUUCAUUCAUCCUCUUCUAUAGGACAAAAUAAAUCUCACAGAAAUUGCAUAACUCAUAAAGAAGUCAUUGUUGUCACUGUUGACAGAGGGAAUAUUUUCUAUAUGUUUGAUUGUAGUUGGUGGUUUAGAAAGAGUGUUAGAAAGGUUAGGGCGUGGUGAGAAUUUCAAUAUCAUUCCAGUUUUACCUGUCCUCUGAAGGAUAUUGUGACAAGCUGGUCCGUUACCACUCGUAGUGUACCCUUGUCAUGCUAAUUGUAUUGAUUGCAUUUUCAGAUGAAGCAAUAUGAUAAUCUCUGUGGUUCACUUUGUCACUGAAAGGUCUUACAAAAUGAUCUUUCCAGUUUCUUGAGCUUGAAUGACGUUGGUCAUUGGGACUGCUUUGUGCCUCUCCUUUACUGACAUUCCUUUCCCCGUUGGUAAUUUCAGUUUGUUUAAUGAUGAACAUUUUAGUAAUAGAGAAAUUGUUUAGCUGUGUUUGUCAGCACUUUGACUUGACAUCAUUUCGUUCAUGACUUCCACUUUAAGAAUUCAACAUUUUUUCUUUGUAAAGAAUCUCUUUCCUUUUAUUUCACGAUGGUCCACUACUUUAAUUCAAAGUACCAUCUCCUCAGGAAACAGAUGGGCCGAAGUAAUACAUGCAUGGAUAUGAAAAUCAAAACAUUUUCCCCACAUGUACUACAAGCAGAAUUCCAAAAGAAUAGUUCAUGUUAUUUGACAUUCACCCACAGAGCAGUAGUUCGACUGCUAGUGGAACCAGUUCUGCAGGAACUUUAGUCAUGUCACAUUCUGCCUCCGAGGUGUCAGAUCAACUACAAAGCUACGGAGCUCAUAUUGCUGUGAACUAACUGCAAUAUAAAAUAUUUUUGCUGAAAAUCUUUUUAUUAAAUAUGAAUACUUUUUCAGAAAGAUGCAUGUUGCAACAGGCUUGAACAAACAUGGAUCCUACCAAAUUCUUAAAAAAAAAGAGUGAAUAAGAGCUAAUCAUCAAUCAUUAUCCAAACAAAAAAAUAUAUGACUGCUAUUUUCUCCAUUAAUACAUUUCUGAUAAUUUAGCAAAUAAUACAUUAGAGUGAAAUGAGUUAUUGUACAUAUGUUUUGAUUGUUAUUGAACAAAAUGCUAUAUGAAAAUGUACUACUAUUAGCAUCAUUAGAUAUUGCUGUAUUUGCAUCCUUAUUAAAAAGAACAGUCUUCACAUGCUUAUACUGAACGGUAGCCAAGAUGAAUUUCUCAACAUUUUUAUGAGCUCCUCUCUCGUGCAUUCUGUCAGGUGGAGCUUUGUGGAAAUAGAACGCGAUGUAUUGAACGUUUAUCAGGAUUGGACAGAAAUGCUUUACAUGAAUGUACAGGAUUGUAUAUUUGCUAGACAGUUUCUAUGUAAUAUCUAACUGCAGUGGAGCCAGACUUUUCACUAUGAAACAACACAGGAAAUUCAUUGGCUAGCACCUUUCCAACACAGUAUAACUUGUUCAACCAGUGUAAAGUCAAGUUUUCAAGAAGAAUUACAUGAACAAAAAGUUGCUUUGAUCAUACACUUAAUGUACACCAAAAUAAAUCGUGGUUUAUAGCAUACUUGCUAGACGAGAAAUAACAAAUUGUUCUUAGAAAUGGAAAGUUGAAUCUGUAAACAAUAA